ACCCAAACGAACGUAUCAGUCUUUAACCAACGUGAUGCUAAUAAAAGUGACAUCUUUGCCUCAGUGAUCAAGUCUGAUAAAUGCAGACAUUCUCACCUUCAUGGUGAUAAAAAUGUAAAUUUAUUAUUUAUUAAUAAUUCUUGUUCUAAAUCUUCCAGACUGCCGUUCCCUGGGACAUGUGGUCGGUGAGUAAAUGGAUGUUUUUAAAAACUUGUUUGGAUGUUUAUUUGUCUAAUUUUUUACUCGAACCUUCACCUGAUUGUCACAAAACUCUACUGUCUUUAUUUUGAUUUGUCUGCUGUAGGCGAAUGCUCAGCCAGCUCAGCCGGUAAGUAAAUGCAAAAACACCAAAUUCACACAUGGAGAGUUCAGACAAAAGAGUUUAAACCUAAAAGUGGAAAAUCUAGGCGAGGCGCUGAUUUCAGGAAAUAAUGUCAAAAAAACCAUGAAAACAACAUUUAUGUAACGGUGGGGGCUGAUUCAUUACAAUCAAUGAAUAAAUCAACAAAUCGAUCAAUCGAUCACCGUUGUUGCUGCUCUGACAUGGUUAGUAAAACCCCAGGUCAGUCGUCGGCUGUGUCAACGCGGCGGACCUGACUUGAGUCGCGGUGUUCCUGGUCAGACUGAAUCUUAGGAUCUGAUUGUCAUGACCUGCUCUCUUUGGUGUAGAAAGAAGGAAUUGAUUGAUCGAUUGAUUAGUGGAAAAUGUUCCCUUUUUAGACGUGAACAGGUGUUAAAGUUUAACUACUUGGAUUGAAGAGAAUCUCAGUGAGUCUUUGUGGAACCAGUUUAUGUUUUCAUGCAUCAUCCUGUCCGACAACACAUCCAUCAAACUGUGUGUAAGUGUGUGUGUGUGUGUGUAAGUGUGUGUGUGUGUGUGUGUGUGUGUGUGUGUGUAAGUGUGUGUGUGUGUGUGUGUGUGUGGUUGGGGGGCUCAAUCUUUAACCCAUCCCCUGCCUUUUCCAAGCAGGCUGCAGGAGACAACUUCACUGCCAACUGGUCAGCUGACUUUGGUUCAUUGUCACCCAGUGAAGAGACGUCCUCAGGAGCCGAUGUCCUCACUGCAGGAACGGAGGGGACUCAGGGGGGGGCUCAGGGUCAGGAUCAGGGCUGGCCACCAGGUGGCAACACACCUUCCCAGGACAGUGAGGCAAUAAGAGGCAACGAAGAUGAGGUGGAGUGGGUAGAUUCGGGGGGUGAAAGCACAGAGCAGGAAGAGCGCAGGAAGUCGACCCCCGGACUUGUUUUCACCAACGAGUUUGGUCAACAGAUUAAGGACAGUACAGAGGACAAAAGGGACAAGUGGUCCAGGUCCCCAGAUGGGUCUGGGUCUGAGUAUGAGACUGCUGAAGAGUGGGGGGAUGGUGGUCAGGGGGGAGGCUGGGCAAGUGCUGAUGAUGAACUUUCAUGUGAGGAUCGUCCCGCAGCGACGACUUCAGAGGAGCGAGAAGACAAAGAGGAAGCUGACGCAGCAGGAAGUCAUCCAGACCUAGAAAAACCAGAUCCUACAUCUGAACACGUAGAUCCUGCUGGAACACAGGAAGGAGGGUUAGGUCCUACGUCUGAAACAAACAUCAGAGGUUUUGAGUCAGAUCCCUUUGCAGAAACUCAGGGCGCAGGAUUUGAGUCAGAUCCCUUUGCAGAAACUCAGGGCGCAGGAUUUGAGUCAGAUCCCUUUGCAGAAACACAGGGGGCGGGAUUUGAGUCAGAUCCCUUUGCAGAAACACAGGGGGCAGGAUUUGAGUCAGAUCCCUUUGCAGAAACACAGGGGGCGGGAUUUGAGUCAGAUCCCUUUGCAGAAACACAGGGGGCAGGAUUUGAGUCAGAUCCCUUUGCAGAAACUCAGGGGGCAGGAUUUGAGUCAGAUCCCUUUGCAGAAACUCAGGGCGCAGGAUUUGAGUCAGAUCCCUUUGCAGAAACUCAGGGUGCAGGAUUUGAGUCAGACCCCUUUGCAGAAACACAGGGUGCAGGAUUUGAGUCAGACCCCUUUGCCCGAGGCUUCCCAGCAGCUUCUUCAGGGCCUGAGGUCUCCAAGCCUGUCCAGGAAGCUAAGAACAGCCUCUCUUCUUCAGUCUUUGUGGAAACCUCUGAAUCUGCUUCCCAAGGAGCCGCAGAAAGAAUUAAAGAUGCAAAUGUUUCCAGAAUUUACAAAGACCCAGAAAACUCAGACAUGUCUGAAGAUGAGGCUGCAAACCGGAGAUUUGGAAAGUUGUACCAAGAGCUAGAUAAAGAGAAAGAAGAGGUACACAACUUCCUCCCCUCGUCAGUGUGCUAGCCUAGUGUAGAUUGGACCAGAAACCAAUGAUCCCCUCCCCUACGUUCUCCUACAGAUUUAGAAACCAACAUUGUGAAAGUUGCCCUGAACUCUGGAUCCCAGCCUGAGCUCCUCCCACUUCUCUUCUUGCCUGCUUUGUCUUCCAACUCUCUAUUUGUCACGUUUUCAGCCAUCUCACACCUGAUGUCUUCAAAGGCGUCUAAUUCUCGUGUUUUUGUUGUUUGAUUCAGGUGACAGAUGCAUUCAAUGGAUUUUCACAGGUAAUUCCUCAAACUUGACCUCAAUAGUCGGAUAAAACUUUCCGCCUGUAGGAACGAUUCUUUUCCUUGUUAUGAGACUCUUAAUAUGAGGUCUAAUUAUGCUCGUUUCUACUCUUUCAUGAUCUUCCAAUGGCUGGUUAUGUCUCUCUGCAUCCACUUGACUUUUUUUUUUCUUGUUUUUGUCUUUUAAAGGAUUCUUCCGCUCCAUCAUUUUUUGCUGAUUUUGAUAAAAUGGUAAGUUUUCUGCUGACACAUCGUUUCACAUUUUACUAAAGUUGCCCUGCUUCAUUUAUGAAUGAUUGAUGUUCAUCAUUUAUGAUUACUUUUAAAAUGACGUAUUGUGUCUUCUGUACUAAUCAAACUUCAGGUCUCAGUCUUAUAAAACUCAACCUUCUAUCUUUAUGAUGCUUUUCCAGUCAUGCUUGUUCAGAAACCACUGGGCCUAUUUGGCACAUGCUCAGAAACCUCUCCCAUGUUCACAGUGGGCAUUUAUAUCGUUUGGAAACAGUUACUAUCAGAUAGGAAGGACCUCUUAUUCCUUGUAGAUCUUUCUGUUAUUGCAGGAUGAAGUUAACGAUAAAACUGAUCUGGUAUAUUUGUCUUCUGAGCAGAAGUGAGGAGAAUGAAUUUUCAGAGAAGACCGUCUUUCAGAGAGGUUGGUCUUUCAAUGUCAAAGUUUGGUAUCUGAAAAAUUAGGACCUGGGUGGAGUUAGAUCUGAUCAUGGCUUUUCUGGUUCUGGAACUUACUACCACUGAAUCACCAACCUGAUCUGAUAAAGAUGAUUUAGGAGAAAAUAAGAAACACGAAGAAAACUCGUAUUUACAGAGGUAUAUUUGUGAUUAACAUUGUCCAGUUGAGACACUCGUAAGAGUCUGAUCUUUUUAUGAAUUUGAAGAUAAAAGUCAUCCAUUCAUGUUCUGGGAUCCAUCUUUUUAAAAGAAUGAAGAAAACGCUGAAUCUGCGGACGCUUCUGAAGCUGUUGAAGGACAAGAUAAGCCUCCAGCUCCACUGGCAGCGGAGGACACUCCUGCUCCACCUGCUAAAGAAGAAACUGCUGCUCCACCUGCUGAAGAAGAAACUGCUGCUCCACCUGCUGAAGAAGAAACUGCUGCUCCACCUGCUGAAGAAGAAACUGCUGCUCCAUCUGCUGAAGAAGAAACUCCUGCUCCAUCUGCUGAAGAAGAAACUCCUGCUCCAUCUGCUGAAGAAGAAACUCCUGCUCCAUCUGCUGAAGAAGAAACUCCUGCUCCAUCUGCUGAAGAAGAAACUGCUGCUCCACCUGCUGAAGAAGAAACUGCUGCUCCAUCUGCUGAAGAAGAAACUGCUGCUCCACCUGCUGAAGAAGAAACUCCUGCUCCAUCUGCUGAAGAAGAAACUCCUGCUCCAUCUGCUGAAGAAGAAACUCCUGCUCUUACCGCUGGAGAGGAGCCAGACAGUUCGGUCUCUGCAGCAGAGGAGAAGCCUGAUGUGAGUGGAAGUAUUCUCUACAUGAACCUCAUCACCAUCAUUGUUGUGAAAAUGUGUUUUUGAAGCUGACAGUUUUCACAGAUUAGGACCUUAAACCAGAAGCUCUAUGUCAUGUUUUGUGAUCUAGAAAUCUUGUUUUCAGCUCCAGAUUUUUAAUUCUUCAUCAUUAUUAAUUUAAUCUUCAUCAUCAGCUUCUUCUUUAUCACCGUCAUCCACAUCUUUACUCUGACUAUCUUCAGCGUCUUUACAUCUCUGUCAGAUUCAUAAAAACACGGGACGUGAUGUGACCGUCCAUUGUGCCAAUAGAUGGUGUGCACUCACAUGAGAUUUGCCGUGAUGUUAAGAGUGGCAUGGGAGAGAUAUGUUCCUAAGAGUGGGGUUAGAUGUAAAAUUUCAGGACACAUCCUCAGUAGUGUUCCUUUGAAUCAGGGGGUGUUUCGGCCUUUAAACACUAUACACCCUCAUCAAAGGCGGCCAGCUACAGGGUGAUCAAGCCUUAGCUUGUGUCCCAUGCCCAAUCAUUAGGAUUAGCCUAGCUGUAAAAUGGCUAAUAUCCCAAGGGACUAUGCAAGGCAGGGGCGUCCUCUUCCCUGAGCCAAGCCUACAGCUGACCGCAUACCUCAUGGGCCCUCCUCAGGUUGGAGGGUUGGGAUUCGGGCUCUCAGGUCAGGGGGGAGGGGGGGGGUCAUGUUCUUAGGGCCCAGCAAGGGUCCUUCCGUUUAGCCCAUAGCCACUGGCUGCCCCUUUCAGCUGCUUCAGAGACUGAUCUGAUGGUCUGCCGCAGAGCCUGUCCCUGGAUUCCAAGUUCCUUCAGCAGCCUGAUGGUGGAAGAGGCCACGAAUCCUCUACAUCCGACUUCAACCGGACAGACUUUUGCAUUCCAGCCAUGUUGAAUUGCGUCUGCUGCUAGCUCUGUGUAUCGCAGCUUUUUUCGCUCAUAGGCCUCCUCAACAGAGUUCUCCCAUGGGACUGUGAGUUCUAUGAUGAACACAGAUCUUCGUGAAGGAGACCAGAGUACCAUGUCUGGCCUAAGGUUGGUGGUCAUGAUCUCAGAAGGAAAAAUUAGUUGCUGGCUGACAUCAACAAGCAUUUUCCAGUCCCGGGCCAUGGCUAGGUGUCCAGUUUCUGGCUUCGUAGCAGUAUGCUUGGGCUUUUCCUGUCCCUUCGGAUGAAUGUUGUUGAUUUCAUGGGGUUGCUUGGUCUUGGGGGUAAGGAGUUGGUUGCAUUCCUCUUGAUCUCGAUUGCUGCAGCCAGGCUCUUGAGGACUUGAUUGUGCCUCCAGGUGUAGCGGCCUUGUGUGAGGCUGGUCUUGCAACUUGUCAAGAUAUGCCUGAGAGUCGCUGGAGCUGGGCAAAGAGGGCAGGUUGGAUCCUCGCCAUACCACUGAUGUAGGUUCUUUGGUGAUGGAAGCACAUCAUAUACGGCUCUUAUGAUGAAACUGAUGUUGCUUGCGUCCAUUUGCCAUAGCUCACUCCAGGUGAUUUUUCUCCUCUCCAGGCCUUCCCACCGCAUCCAUUGCCCCUGUUUAGCAAGAGAGACAGCCUUUGUACCUCUCGCAGUCUCCUCCUGCCUGCGCACCUCUUCAACCACCAGUUUUCUACGCUCAGAUGUUGUUGCCUUGCGCCAAGAGGGUUUGCUCGCUGCCAGGCCAAAACCUCCUCUUCCAUACUGGAUAUGCCCCAGGAUGUCUUGGUGUCUCAGGGCAGAUGUUGCUUGCUGCACCGCAUCGGAUGGUGUCCAUUUCCGUCCGGUUAGUACAGGAGGUGCAGCACUGCUGAAGGUAUGGUCUCUGGAAUCCUGCAAUGUCAUUUGAAGCCUAACUUUAGAGCACUUGUACUCCUCUGUUAAACUUGUGAGAGGUAGUUCAAGGACCCCUUUGCCGUAGAGGCUGAUGUUGCUUAGACAUCGUGGGACACCGAGUCAUUUCUUUGCGCAUGUUGUAAUGGUACGCUCCAUCUUCUCCACCGAUGUUAUUGGGACCUCAUACAUGGUGAGUGGCCACAUUACCCUGGGGAGAAGUCCAAACUGGAGACACCAAAGCUUGAGCUUCCCAGGCAGUAGGGUCUUGUCGAUCCUCUCCAGACCGUUGACAAUGUCCUGCCGUAACUGCUGCACUUGAUCUGUAUCCUUGAGGUUUGCACUGUACCAUCUACCCAGGCUUUUCACAGGUUGCUCAGACACCGUUGGUAUCGGGUCAUCGCCAAUGCAGAACUUCACAUCUUUCAGCUGCCCCUUGACUAUGGCAACACUUCGAGAUUUGCUUGGCUUGAUUUUCAUUUGUGCCCACUUGAUGUUCUCCUCCAGUUUCGCCAGCAGCCGCUUGGUGCAAGCUGGAGUUGUGGUCAGCGUAGUCAUGUCAUCCAUGUACGCUCGGAUCGGUGGCAGACGGAGCCCGUUCUUAGUUCGCUCACCGCCCACCACCCAUUUCGAGGCCCUGAUGAUGACUUCCAUGGCCAUAGUGAAGGCCAGAGGUGAGAUUGUACAGCCUGCCAUUAUGCCUAUUUCCAGGCGUUGCCAUGUUGUAGUGAAGUCAGGUGUUGUGAAACACAGUUGAAGGUCUUGGAAGUAGGCCUUUACCAGCUUAGUGAUGGGUUCUGGUACAUGGAAAAAGUUGAAAGAUUCCCAGAGCAGUUCAUGGGGAACUGAACCAAAGACAUUGGCCAGAUCAAGGAAGAUGACAUAGAGGUCUCUUUUGUCCUUCUUAGCUGCUUGGAUCUGGUGCCAAAUCAUACUGGUAUGCUCUAGGCAACCAGAGAAUCCAGGAAUGCCUGCUUUCUGUACAGAUGUAUCAAUGUACUUGUUCCUUUCCAGGUACGUUGACAGCCUCUGUGCCAUUAUGCUGAAAAAGAUUUUCCCCUCGACGUUGAGAAGACUGAUUGGUCGGAAUUGACUGAUGUCAGUGGCAUCCUUUUCUUUUGGAAUCAACACACCGCCAGCCCUUCGCCAUGCCUUGGGUAUUAUUUCCUUCUGCCACACUAUCCUCAUGAGUCUCCAAAGAAAGCGUAGAACGUCUGGCGUGUUCUUGUAGAGCUUGUACGGUACUCCAUUAGGCCCCGGAGCUGAUGCCGCUCUAGCUCGCCGGACUACAUUCUCAACUUCCUUCCACUUUGGAGGUUCAGUGUCCAGUUUGAAUUCUGGAGGAUGAAUAGGUGGGAUGUCAUGGGGGAUGAUUAUCUGCUCAUGCCUUUUCGUGUCCUGAUGGGCCUUCUCCAGAUGUUCUUCCAAUUCCUUCUUUGGUGUUUUCAGGAUUCCACUCUUGUCCUUAGCAAAGAGGUCUUUGACGAAGGGUUUUUGUAGAACCGUGUUCUUGAGUGUUCCUUCUUCUUACGAAGUUCUCUGCUCUUCUCAAGGUUGUCAGCCGACCUUUGAUGUCUGCUUGGAGUAGCAUGAGACCUUCUCUCUCUGCAUCAGAGGCCUUCUUCCACUGCUUUCUCAGCUGCCUUCUCUCUUUGACGAGUCUCUCGAUCUCUUGCUGUCUCCUAGAUUUGGCUGGUGCUGGUUGUGUCUUUCCACUUCUCCUGAUGUUUACACCAAAGCGCUCUUCUCCAUAGUGGUAGAUAAUGUCUCCCAUCCUUUCAAGCUUUCUCUCUGCUGUGCCUGUCUGUUGUUCCAGGAUUUUUAUCAGGUCGUUGUUGAUCAUUUCCCACUCUUUCUUCUCAACAGCUUUGGGCCACUUAACACUCAGUCUGUGCCCUUUGAUCUUUUCCUCCUUUGGAGGUCUCUGUGGUUGGGUGAAAUCGUCCACCGGCAUAUCUGUGCUUGUGUUAUUCUCCUCAAUGACAGGGGUGCUGAUGCUCUGCGAACUUUGGUUUGUGUCCUGUCGCUGUGCUUCAUUCGACUGACUUGAUCGGUUGCUUCGCAAGAAGUACUGGUCAAUGCGAGGUUCCUGUCUCUGCUCUCCCAAGCACCUUUUCCUCCCUUGAUGGAUCUUUAAUCCCCUUGCCGAUGUUACUUUCUCCCAACCACAGCUGCACACCUGAAGUGUGUUUCCUGCUGCUGUUGUGGUUUUCUCAUGUGCUGUGUUCUUCUUACUCAUAGUCGUUUUCGUUCCUGGGUCUGUAGCCGUGUGAUCAAUCGGUGAGCCAUCUUGCGCCCCAGCUCUCGCAGGCUCUAGGGGUAUGUUCCUUAGUUGACUUUCUGUAGCAGGGUUUUGCGGGUGUCUCCAACAUACUUAGUCUAUAUGAUCGCUAUAAUUAUUGUCAUUUUCAUUUAAAAAGGGUCGUGUCAUUAUUUUUUUUAAUUUCAUAGUCGUUCAUCUUCACAAUCAGCCACCUCUUUUUUACCAUCAUUGCCCUGUUCUCAUGACGUUUCCUAUUUAUCUUCACCAUCAUUACUGAGUGUCACUGUUUUCAUUAUGAAUCAAUGUCAUUAUUAUAACCAUCAUCAUCACUAUCAUCGUCUUUAGUGAACUCAUCUCUGACCUCCUUCUCAUCUUGAUCUGGUGCAUCCUCUCCUCGCUGUUAUCAUCGUUACCUACAACUUCAAGAAAAAUUAAGAAACCAACAAGAACUGAAAACAGGAUGUGAUGAUUUAAACACAUUAAAACUUCAUAUUCUGUUAAAGGGAGCGCAAAGGAAACACUUAUAACACGUGUUUUUGGAAAUUGUAUGUCCAUUUUUAAUUUAAUGCAAACGUUUUGACAAAAGUUUCAACGUUAGAAUCAAACAAGCAGAUGUUGUUGAACUUCCUGAAGGUGAUGUGUGUAAGAUCACGACUGAAGGAAACAACAUGACGAAAACCAACUUUAAGUCCAAUCAGACAAAGUGCUGCCAUGCAGUCCAAGAUGUAAAGGAGGCAGAGACAUGUUGGCAUGUUAAAGAGUAUCUCCAACAGUAGAGAGCUUUGGACUGUGGUCUUGUUACCCUGCAGCCAAUCAGAUGUAAGGAUUGUUGCUGAAAUAAUAAUCACGUGACUUUCUCUGCAGUCAGCUGGUGGAUCUCCUGACUCUGAGCAGACGGGGAUUAGUCAGGUAUGUAUCUCUGACUUCUGUUUUAUUUUUUUUAUUUCAGUUUAUUAACUCAUGAUGAGUCUUAACUUUAAUGAAAAAUACUGAUAUAAACUCACAGCAUAAAACAAUAUAUUUAAAACAAAUGAAGCUUGUGUUCUUGAACUGCCAUAAAAAUAAAGAAAACACAAAAUACAAAAUAUUUACCUGCCUCACAUGAUAUAAUUUAUCAAGAAGAAAAUCAGCAUUCAACAUUAAAGUGUAAUCCGUUUAGGGAUGGAUUUUAAAUCGCGCCAACAAUCAAAGUAUGAGGGAUUAUAUAGUUAUAGUAUUAUUAUAUAAUAUAUUAUAUUAUUAUAUAGUUGUAUGUUUAAGGAACAUUUUUGUCAAACUGUUGACCCUGAACCAAGUUUAUUUAAAGUUUAAAGUUUCCUUUAAAUUACAUUUUUUUAUUGUUAACUAUUUAUGAACUUCUUGCAUAACUUGAUUGUAUUUCUUGAUACUUUUUUAAUUAACCCACAUGCACAGCUCUUUUUACUGAAAAAGAAAUCCGUGUGACAGCAGAGAGUUUGUUUUAGCUUAAAGAAAUGCUUUGUGAUUUCAGAUUCCUGCGGCUGAGGAAACAACAUCUCCAGCUGAAGCUGCUCCAUCGGUAACUACCACCAAAUGACCAGUUCACUCUGUCUGACUGGGACAUAUAAACAUGAUUAGUAGCUGUAAAAACUGCUUAUUAAUGUUGUUAGUUUUCUGUAAAAAACUCUCAUUUCAGCUCUUGACUGUCGGACUGAAACGUUUUUCUUUGCUGCUCAUACUUUGAUAAAAAGCUUGAGGGUGUUAUUUUUGCACAGUUUUUGCUCCAUUUCCUGUUGUUGUAAUGUUGUUUUGGUUUGUGUCCCUGAUAUUCAUGGAGGUCUAGAUUCUAGAUCUAGAUUAAUUUACCUGAAGUUACUUUUGUUACCAUGAGGAAAGUUUUUAAAAAGCUUUCUUGGAACUUCAUUUGAGGUCGUGUGUUUUCUUUCCUCGUAUUAUGAUUGAAGCUGAGGCGUGGGCUUCGAGUUUUUAUGUUGUGAAAUGUCUGCAGGAAAAGAUGCCGAUCCCCUCUGUGGUGAUUGAACCAGCUUCCAGUAACGAAGGCGAUGAUGACCGUGAUGCUGACAUCGUCUCUCCCAGCGCCAUCAGUGACAAUGGUGUGACAGCUGUAAACCAGACCAUCAAACACAUGAGUGCCUCAGGGGGAGCGUCAGGACUCCCUGAUGAGUUUCUGUACAAGGUUCGUCUUUCUGUUGAUCUCUCCUCAUGGCAUUUAUUCUUCAGGGUUUCACUCUAACAAAUGAGUGAUUGUUGGUUGAACAACUCCCUUUAUCUGUUGUUGCUCUGAUUUGUUGUCUUGUUGUCUUAUUGUAGGUGGAGACAAUGCAUGACUUUGAGGCAGCAAAUUCAGAUGAGCUUGAACUGAAGAGAGGUGAUGUGGUGCUGGUGAUUCCCACUGCUUCAGUAGAAGAUCAGGUGAGAAAAAUUCGGGUAAUUAUGAGGUAGAAACUCUCUGUAAGAAUGGGUCAAGUGCAUACCGACAGAUAUUCUGGCAGGAAAUCAUGUUGUCCUCUGGUUCCUGUUGCAGGAUGCUGGCUGGCUCACAGGGAUCAAAGAAAAUGACUGGCUUACACUAGGAGCUGGAGCUCAAAGAGGACUGUUCCCUGAAAACUUUGUUCAACGUUUGGAGUAA